AUGAGUUUCUAUAGGAUAAAACUCUUUGAUCCCUAUUAAAGUUGGGAGAUGAAUUUUUUUGAUAAACCAGAUUAUGAACCAACAUCAAUGGCUUUACUUAAAAAAAAAGAGAGACAUUAAGAAUUAAGAGACAAAGGAUAUUUAAUAAAAAAUAAAGUGCUUGAAGAUGUUCCAGAUGAUAUACCUUUUUAUGAGAUAUUUGAUCCAUCUAAUUAAAAUUAUAGAAAGAUCUUUUAUUCUCAAGUAGCUUACUAUUAUUUUAUUUAGGAAAUAAUUUUUCAAAUAAAAAUGCAGUCAAAAUCAAUUAAUAAAAACCUUGUUUAAAAAGUCUUCAAUUUAUCUAUAUCAUAUCCUAAUUUUGAGAAGAAUGAACAAUUUUAAGUUGAUUAUGAAGAUAUAAAAUAAGCAGAAUUAGCAAUUAGGUAGUAAGAGGAAGCAAAUAGAAAGAUUCAAAAAAUUUUAAAAAAGAAAGAAUAAGAAGCAGAAAUAGAAAAAAGACAGAAAUUAAAUGAAGCUAUUGAAACCGUAAAAAGAGAAAAGAUUUUAAGUAAACAACCUAUUUCAUCACCUUCAAAAAAUCAAUCUUAAAAGGCCAGUCCUCAUUUGCCAUUUAAAAAUUACGGUUUAGCUAUAGUUGGGCCGAAGUGUAAGUUAUCAAUGUAAAAGGACAAUAAAAAUAAUAAGGUGAAUUUAAAAUAGCAAUAAAAACAGAGGAGGAUGAUGAAAAUUAAAAGAGAAAAACUGUAACGUUUGCAGAAGAAGAUGAUGUAAAAUACAUACCUGAAAUCUUAAUGUGAGGAAUUUAGAGAAUUGAUAAAGUAUAAUAGAGGGAGCAAGAAAUUAAAAUGA